AAAAGGCACUGCCAUUUUUCUCACGCACCACCUUUUCUUUCUUUCUUCUUCGUCAUUUCUCCCCUGGGUUCAUUUCCUUGUCAACAUUAACCCCUCACUAUUUCAGCUUCACUCAAUAAACCAUUUUAAAAAAAAAAUAAUAGUAUUGUAUAAAAAAUAAACGCAAACAAAAAAUAAAACUCAAAUUUGCACUUGGCUGCUCCAAUCAUUGUCUAUUUUAUUUUCUCUCUUCGAAAAUGUGAUUGUUUGGGGGGCAAAAAAGAAGAAGAGAAGCGCGUGAUGGAGUGGGUGAAGAUGAAGGGGUACGCGAGAGAGUUCAUGGUUGGAGUGGCGGAGAUGACGGUGGAGUUCGGAAAAGGUUGCAGAGACAUAGUUAAACAGAGUCUGGUCAACGACGACUCCUACAUCGUCAAAAACUUCGGAAGAGACUCCUACAUUGGAAAAACAGUGACAGAACCUUUCGCUAAUCUUUUCCAGAAAUUGAGUUUCUUCAACGAGUACUUGCCCGAGGAUAAAGAUCCUCUUCACGCUUGGUCCGUUAUUUUCUUCGUUUCCAUUCUCGCCUUCUUAGCUUUGUAUGCGAAUUUUGAACGUGAUGCGUACGCGGCGGCCCCGGUGAAGCAUGUGUUUGUGCAUCCUCCGAGUGCUACUUGCGUAGUGCUUCCUGAUGGAAGGUACAUGGCGUAUAAGGAGCAAGGUGUUUCUUCUCACAGAGCUAGGUUUUCGGUGAUUGCUCCUCAUAGUUUUCUUUCUUCAAGGCUUGCAGGGAUUCCUGGAGUGAAAGAUUCUUUGCUGCAAGAGUUUGGUAUUCGUUUGUUGACGUAUGAUCUUCCUGGUUUUGGUGAGAGUGAUCCUCAUCCCAACCGGAAUCUGGAAUCCUCGGCAACGGAUAUGGCGUUUUUAGCGAAUGCUCUUGGUGUGGACAAGUUUUGGGUGGUUGGUUACUCAAGUGGCAGCAUGCAUGCUUGGGCUGCACUUAGAUACAUUCCGGAUAGGCUUGCUGGUGCAGCCAUGUUUGCUCCCAUGGUGAACCCGUAUGAUCCUAUAAUGACAAAGGAAGAGAGACGAAGAACUUGGAACAAAUGGACACGAAGAAGAAAAUUCAUGUACUUCUUAGCUCGGAGGUUUCCUAGACUUCUCGCUUUCUUUUAUCAGCGAAGCUUUUUGUCAGGAAAGCAUGGUCAGAUUGAUAGGUGGCUGUCAUUAUCUCUGGGAAAUAGGGAUAAAGCACUGAUGGAAGAUCCAAUGUAUGAGGAAUUCUGGCAAAGGGAUGUGGAAGAAUCAAUCAGACAAAGAAAUGUGAAACCCUUCAUGGAGGAAGCUGCUUUGCAGGUCGCAAAUUGGGGUUUCAGCCUUUCAGACCUCAAGUUGCAGAAGAGAAAACGGAGUAGUAAUUUGCUCAGUUGGCUUAAGUCAAUGUUCACUGAAACUGAGGAAUAUAUGGGAUUUCUGGGCCCUAUACAUAUAUGGCAAGGAAUGGAUGAUAAAGUGGUUCCUCCAUCAAUGACUGAUUUUGUGCACCGCGUGCUACCCGGAGCUGCUGUACAUAAACUCCCAUAUGAAGGUCAUUUCACCUAUAUCUACUUUUGUCAUGAAUGCCACAGACAGAUAUUUACUACACUUUUUGGAACCCCACAAGGUCCACUCAGCAUUUCAAUAGAAGUAGAUCAAGCUAACCUAGAAGAAACCAAUAUUGAACAGCAAGUAGUAAACGAUGGUGAUUAUGCCACAAACUAGAAGUACACAUAACAGGAUAAAAAUGCUCUUUUUUCCCCCCAUUUUUCUGGUCGAACAUCACAAUUUUAUGAUGUAAAUACCGUACAGUUUUGCUUCAUGUCCAAUGUAGCAGUACAGGAAAGAAAAUCAAAAUGUUACUGCCCCUUCUUUGGGCCGUUGAACAUGUCUGUCCUACAAAUGUUGAAUUUGGAGUCCUUUACUGAACAACUCACACGACCCCAUUUCCUCCCCCUUCUUCACAAUUGAAAUACAAAACUUGCUUUUGCUAAUAGUGAGAUAUGAUACAACAAUUCUAGUU